AUGAUGACCCUGGAGGACCAAUCUGAAGGCGCGACAGAGUGGACGCGAGAGGCUGCCCUCGCCCGCUACCACCACAAGAGAAAGCGCCGGCCGUUCGUCAAGGCGAUGCGCGAGAACGACCCCAACCGCAAGGAGCAAAACAAGGCCAGAGAAAGGCCGAGAAACGGCGGCAAGUUCCAGAAAAAGGGCAAAGACUUCGUUUCCGUGAAAGAGCUGCAAAGGGCUGGAGACAGCCGCUCCGUCAGCGGAGAGUUACCGCCGCCCCUCGCGCGCGAGUCGACACCACCGCCCACGAACAUCAGAUCCCUCAAUGGUAGGCUAUCCCAGGAGGGUGAUACAGCGGGCGCCCCCGGCGGCGGCAGCGGUGGCGGCAGCGGCGGCUCCCUGUACUUGCUUACUCCUGAUCAGGCCGCCAAGUUAGGCUUUAAGGAGAGGGAUAACAGGUAGUUGAGUUGUAGGCUGCGUACCGGAAAUGUUUGAGUUUGUCCGUUUUGCCCUCGCGAGUGGUUUCCUUGAGUCGGGGCAUGCAUAGAUCAAUCCAAACGGUUGGGGGGGGGAGGGUCGGGAUCGAUGCAUAUGGCUCAAGGCUGCUGCCUAUCUGCGGAGGACAGUAGUGGCGGUAGGCAUCCCUGAUUUCGGUUACAUAAGUGUGCACACCAUGCCGCUUGUGCACACCGGUGAUGAUGUGACACUUUUCGAGAGGUACGGCUGGCCCGUGCAAAAAGUAUCGUGCGGUACGGUUGUGCUCCAUGCCUUUACAUUGCGCGCUUACGGAAGUCGACAAAUGGAAAACAGUCAACUUUUUCCAUCAUGACCUCGAAUUACUUUCAGUAGAUCAUCUGUGGUUUGCCUUGCAAACUUUAGACAUGAUUAAUUUUCUGCGUUGUUGUAUAUACCACACUUGAGAGCAGUACGUGGCGUCUGUCGAAGCAUGUACACGGGAAGGAUCAAGAGGCCGACUGCUGCUGCUGUGUGUUGCGUUAGUGCUACACCGCCGCGCGGUGUGGGAAGAAAAUUGUGCGUGACGAGGUAUCAAGAGCCUACUCCUGUUCAUGCGCAUGCGCCUUGCAUCACAUGACUGCUUACAGGAAUCAACGCGCGCCCGUGUGUUUCAUAUAUGUAUUUUGGUCCCCCUUUUCCCGUUUUUUUCGGCGUCAUCGUGCGGAGUCGCGGAUUGCGUAGAUAGACAUGUCUCGAGCGUACAGGCAUGUUACGUGCGAUUUGUAACUUUGAGUCUUUGAAUGUAAGGGCGCAUCUGUAUAUGUAUGUUCUCGAUCAAGAUGUGAUGACACGGGGUAGAAAUCGGAAAUGUUUGCUGUGUCCUUCGUUUUUGUUCCUUGGUGUUGUCAGCGGGUGGUAAGUUGACAGGCGAUUGCAGGCGAGUCUGUCUGCGCCGGGGUGCGACUCAUCUUAGUACCGUAGGUUUGUUUCAAUGUUGGUUGGUUCGAGUCACAGGCGUGAGUGGACGAACGCCAAUGGAGUUCAUUUUGAAGGUCAGGGAAAUACCUGAGCAGGCUGUUGCAGCAGGCCUAUCAUCUAUGUAGUUGGUCACCCAUGUGAAUGCUUAUUUCGUUUGACAUAGUACUUCAAAACAAGGUGCUGGUUUUGU